AUGGAGUGUACGAGAGUACUGCAAAUAGUAUCUUGGUCUCCGCAUUUAUACGUCGAGGGAUUGACCGACAUCACGUAUGCACAGAGUAAGCGGACCUCUCCGAUCGGCAUGGAAUCAAGCCUUGAAUUCUCCCGAGACAAGUUGUGGGCAAAAUACAGGCAGACCGCGGAAUUGUUGCGGGGCAACAUCGAAGAACUCUGGGCGAGCAAUUCAUCCAGGUCAAACUCUCAGCCCCUGCCCCUAAAAUCCUACCAGUGGGCUGUAAUGGACAUGGACCAUCCCAAUUGCGAAGCAAAGAAUCUUGUCGUUGUCAAAACCCUGGGUGUUCUGCCUGGUCAAACUGCUAUUACAAUUGACCGGCGCCCAUUAGGUUGGGACUAUCUCUUAGAAAUAUCAGAUAUUAUGGUUGAGAAUACCUUGGCCAUUGAUCCUAUGUGCAAGAGAGAGAAUGCUCCGAACGUGCUUGCUUCACGGGCUGGAGGUCAUUACGGCAGGCUGACGAUGGGGUUUCUUUCUAUCCACUUUGAGCUGGUCCAGGCUGACCGCAUUUGCCCGGCUGGUGAGAAUAAGUCCUACCCAGUGGACAAAUCAGAUCAGUCGCUGAGCGCUCAGUCAGUGCAGCAGAGCAGUCAUUCGCUGCACGAGCACCCCCGCCGAAUAUACUCCACCGAGUGGGAACUGAAAUACCUAUCAACUACCAAGCCCCAGCAACAAAACAAUGAUCCUGGAAUACAGGCACCAGUAUCAUCAGAUUACGUCGAGAUCUCCAUCUGGGCUUUUGAAUGCGAGGGGAAGCAACCAGACCGCUCCCAACUAAAUCAUAUCGAUUCAUCACCAGAGAAACGAGUCGCACGGAAGUAUUCACGGAAGAAAACUUCUCCGUACGAGAGUAAAAAAGGGGGCAAAGCCCUCAAAGGCAUCAGCCCCGCACCGUGCUAUCGUGCAGCCACUGUUGACAGUAACAAUGCCAAAUUCAUGAUCUCUGAGCAGGAGAAACAGAGGCUCAAAGCUAAAGGCUGA